AUGCCAUCAAGACGUCAAGAUUAUAUUUCAUAUAUUAGGUACCAAAAUCAAUUGCCAUUGCCACCAUUUGCGCCAAAAAUGCUUAAUAUACCUAUUCCACUGAAUAAAUACACAGAAACAUCAUAUUUAUCACAAUUAAUUCAGGAAGAACCAAUUCAUAUAGAAUUAGACCCGGAAUUAGGCAUGCCACUGGAUUUAAUAGAAGCCUCUUAUUCAAAAGUUAGACCUUAUGAAGCAUUAGAUUUGCAUGAUAAUGCAGAAAAUGUAAAAUUGGAUCCAAAGGAUAUAGCAUUGUUGAAAGAAGUUUCUUCUACGCCUCAGAGGAAUUCUACGGGUGUAUCUUUUCUGCGCCGUACAGAGUAUAUUUCUUCAGAAGGUGCUAAAAACACAAUAAAAACAAAAGGACAUGAUUUCCGAUCAGUGAAAUCAGAUAAUUCAGAGAACAAUAAAUUUGAAAACCCGGAAAAACAAGUCGAAGCGAUUGAAGCAAUGUUUGAAGAUGCUUCUAAAGACCUGUCGUCGUUUACACACCCUCAUAGAAAAUAUCUGACUGUUGUUGAUUCAUUUCCUGUGUUUCCUGAUAUAGAUGUUUCAGAUCAACAGUUCUUAUUGAUGAAAUUCACAACGGAUCCUGGACAAAAAACUAUUUCUUCAGAGCCAUCUGCUGACUGUCGGUUGGAUCUAGCACUAUUUAUGCCUGUUUCUGAAAGAGGAGAAGAAUGGCUAGCAUAUUAUUUGGCAGAAGAAGACUCAUAUUUUCAACUAAAAGAAACACUUAAAAAUCAAAAUUGCGAAGAAAACAAAACACCUUUUUUGUAUAAUCAUAUUCGUAAUUAUGAUACAAUGAUGCAUAUUAACCAAACACCUCUUGACGAAGUUGUACUUGUUUUUCGAAAUGAUGCUACAUCAGACAUUAAAAAAGGGGCAUUCUAUUCACCUAUCUAUGCAAAAUCUACUUUAAAAAGACGAAGAUCAAAAAUCCCAAAUGAAAUGAUCAAAAAUUUAAAUGUAUCAAAUAUAGAGUUGAGGCUAAGACCUUUAGAUGAAGAAGAAAACAAAGAAAGGAAAAGACAUUGCUCUACAAUUGACCCAUAUAACUAUCCCAAUGAUAGUAAGGAAAUAGAACAAGAAGAAAACAUAGAAACAACAGACAUAAAACAGGAAAUAUCCAAAAAUGAAAAUUAA